CCUCCACAAGCGCGAAGAAACGUUGGCCGCACAAGGGCGAUCAGCAUGCCGAGCACGAACGCCCGUCGUGCCCGACCGGGGCUCGCAAUGGCGGCAGCACGCCAGCGUCCGAGGGCCCCUCGCGGCACGUCGUCGGAGGGAGCCCUUAAGUAACGAGCAUGGAGCAAGGCGACGCUCACGAUAUCCCAUCUCAUACGCAACCGCACCGCCCAGCAUGCCCUCUUCCACGCUCGACAUUCCCGUUUGGACGCCGCCGAAGCCGACGCAGCAGGAGGACUUGGAGUGGGCGCAGCUCAGCACGCUCGACCUUUCGCUCGUGACGGGCGACGAGUUCGACCAGAUCCCCGAGGAGCUCGUGCGCGAGGCCGACGCCGCCUUCCGCCGCGACGGCUUUGCCUAUGCCGUGAACCACGGCUGGUCGUACGAGCAGGUGCUGCGCCAGUUUGCCAUCGGCCAGUACGGCUUCACGGGCGUGUCGGAGGAGGACAAGAGCAAGUACAAGGCGGACAUGCUCGGCAAGGGCAGCUUCGUCGGCUACAAGAAUCAGGGCCACUGGAGCAUCAAUGGUGUCAAGGACCGCAUCGAGCAACUCAACUUCGGCUCGCAGUCCUUCGCCCCGGCGGCGCGCUCCUCGCUCUUCCCCGCGGCGCUGCAGCCGCUGAUCCCCGAGGUGGAGGAGUUUGCCAAGUUUAACCACGACGUGAUCCUGCGCAAGGUGCUCAACGUGCUCUCGCUCGUGCUCAAGCUGCCCGUGCACACGCUGUACGACCUCUCGCGCGAGCCCGAGAAGCGCGGCAUCGACCUGCUGCGCUACGCCAUGUACCACACGCCCGACAAGGCCGACGACGACAAGCUCGGCGGCGUGCGUCUGCAGGGCCACACUGACUUCAAUUCGGUGUCCGUCCUGUGGAGCCAGCCAAUCACGUCGCUGGAAGUGCUCAUGCCCGACAACAAGUGGCGCCUCGUCAAGCAUGCCGACAACGCCGUCGUGCUCAACCUCGGCGACGCGAUGCACUUCCUCUCGGGCGGCUACCUCAAGAGCUGCAUCCACCGCGUCGUGGCGCCGCCGGCGGACCAGGCGCAGUACACGCGCCUCGGCUGCUUCUACUUUGCGCUGCUCAACGAGGACGUGCCGCUCGAGACGCUCGACAGCCCCGUCAUCCGGGAAGCGCUCGACGGCCGCGACCUGUGGGCCGAGACGCGGGCCGCCGGCAAGAAGAUUCCGACGGCCGGCGAGUGGGAGCGCGAGCGUGUGCGCCGCUACGGCCAGGGCGGCGCGAAGAAGGGCGACGACGGGCACGAGCACGAGGAGAUGUUCGGCGCCAAGGUCACGCACUACAAUGGCGAGCGCGCCGGCCAGCGUGCCGCCAUCACGGCAUAGAUCGACAAGGCAGGCGUCUCGUUGCCGCCGGUCCGUUCCUGGGCGCUCUCGCCCUGCCGCCUCAACCGCGGCCACCCAUCACUUGACCCCGCAUCCCCCGCAUUACCCCAGAUCUAGCCUCUUGCCUCAGCACACGACCCUUCACGAGCUCCGAUGCGUGACGCCCAUGUAGCCCUUAGCAAUCAACUCUGCUCCUGUCUAUGC